CUUGUUAUUAGGUAGAUUUCCUAGGUAAAUUCCUUGUUGCCCAGUGUACGCAAUGAUGCCAAACUACAAAAAGCGCCUCCAUGAAUUCUUCAUUGAGAGCAUGCAUCCCAAUCUCCACCUCGGAAUUCGAAUAACAUCUUUUUUUCUUCUCUUUGCUCCCCCUCCUUCUUAAGUUUUGUCCAUCAUCUUCCCCCCAUCCGAGUCAGUCCAUCCUAUCGAAUCUCGUAACAUCGCGAGGUCUCUAAGCUAUUAGCUAUUAGCCUGAGGUUUGAGGGUUGUCCCGAAAUUUGUUUUAGAUACUUUAGCUUACGGGUUUUCCUUGUAUUCCCUUUGGUAACACCUCGUUGCUCCUUGUACCUUCGAAUCUGCUACGCCAACCACCACAAUGGCUGAAAGCGGGGAGAAAGCUACCCGCGAAGUGAAGAAUCACAUACUCUUCGAGAUCGCGACCGAGGUAGCUCAUCGCGUUGGUGGUAUAUACUCUGUCAUUAAGUCCAAGGCGCCUGUUACCACUGCCGAGUAUGGCGACCGAUAUACACUUAUCGGUCCUCUCAACCACCAAUCAGCCGCCGUCGAGGUUGAAGAGCUAGAGCCAAACACUCCAGAACUCGCUGCCAGUAUUGAGGCUAUGAAAAACCGAGGUAUUGGCUUACUUUAUGGACGAUGGCUCAUCGAAGGAGCUCCUAGAGUACUGUUAAUCGACACCAAAACGGCAUAUAGAUAUUUGGAUGAGUGGAAAGCAGACUUGUGGAAUGUUGCCAGUAUCCCGGCCCCACCAGGCGACGAUGAGACUAAUGAGGCAAUCGUCUUUGGAUAUUUGGUCGCCUGGUUUCUAGGAGAGUUCGUUUGUCAUGAGAAGACUAAAGCUGUCAUUGCUCACUUUCACGAAUGGCUUGCUGGUGUCGCAUUGCCGCUAACUAAGAAGCGGCGCAUAGACGUCACCACCGUCUUCACUACACACGCAACUCUACUAGGCCGUUAUCUUUGCGCCGGUUCUGUCGACUUUUAUAAUAAUCUGCAAUGGUUUGACGUCGAUGCGGAAGCCGGGAAACGCGGUAUCUAUCACCGUUACUGUAUAGAGCGCGCUGCUGCACACUCUUGCGACGUCUUUACCACUGUCUCACACAUCACGGCUUUCGAGAGCGAACAUUUACUCAAACGCAAGCCGGAUGGUGUGCUACCCAACGGUCUUAACGUCACCAAAUUCUCGGCCAUACAUGAAUUCCAGAACUUGCACCAACAGUCCAAGGAGAAGAUCCACGACUUUGUCCGGGGUCACUUCUAUGGUCAUUAUGACUUCGUACCGGAAGAUACCCUCUAUUUCUUCACUGCUGGACGUUAUGAGUUCCGAAACAAGGGUGUCGAUAUGUUCAUAGAGUCGCUUGCGCGUCUUAACCACCGAUUAAAGUCCUCCGGUAGCAAGACAACUGUCGUAGCAUUUAUAAUCAUGCCUGCGCAAACUACCUCGCUGACAGUCGAAGCGCUGAAGGGCCAGGCAGUCAUCAAGUCCCUCCGCGAUACUGUCGACGUGAUUGAGCGCGGGAUCGGUCGUCGUGUCUUUGAACGGUCUUUAAGGUGGCAUGACGGAGAUCCGAUGCCCGAUGAGAAAGAGCUCAUCACAAGCGCCGAUAGAGUUGUUCUCCGGCGCCGUCUCUUUGCUAUGAAACGGCACGGCCUACCACCCAUCGUCACACAUAAUAUGGUCAACGAUUCAGAAGACCCUAUUCUAAACCAGAUUCGACGGGUCCAACUUUUUAACCAUCCAACAGAUCGCGUUAAGAUUAUUUUCCAUCCCGAGUUCCUAAAUUCGUCGAACCCAAUCUUGCCUCUAGAUUACGACGACUUCGUGCGCGGCACGAAUCUGGGCGUUUUCGCUUCUUACUACGAACCGUGGGGCUAUACUCCUGCCGAGUGUACUGUUAUGGGUGUUCCUAGUAUCACCACCAACCUGUCUGGCUUUGGCUGCUAUAUGGAGGAGCUGAUCGAGAAUUCGGCCGACUAUGGUAUCUACAUUGUGGACCGACGCAACAAAGGUGUCGACGACUCGGUUAACCAGCUUGCCUCACACAUGUUCGAUUUCUGCCAAAAAAGUCGGCGACAACGGAUCAACCAGCGCAACCGAACUGAGAGGCUCAGCGACCUCCUAGACUGGAAGAGGAUGGGAAUGGAAUAUGUCAAAGCCCGGCAGUUAGCCCUGCGACGAGCCUACCCAGGAUCAUUUUCCGGCGACGAUGAGGAUGACUUUAUCCCCGGAGUUGAACAGAAGAUCUCACGACCCUUCUCAGUCCCCGGCUCCCCCCGGGACCGUACGGGCAUGAUGACGCCUGGUGAUUUCGCAAGCCUGCAAGAAGGAAGGGAAGGCCUAAGUACGGAAGACUAUGUGGCAUGGAAAUUACCGGAGGAGGAAGACCCAGACGAGUACCCGUUCCCAUUAACACUCCGAACGAAGAAGUCGAACAUCUCUGGAUCAGCAUCGCCUCUCCAGCUCAACGGGAACCACUAGUGAUUGGCGAGCAUUGGAUGCCGGGGAUGAGGACCACGCGUUUUUGGGGGAUUUCGACAAGCUAGUUUUAGGUAUCAGGUUGUGGUUGGGCUGCGGUCGGUGUAGCGGGAGGGAAGAUCAUUGGCGGGUGCAUAUGCAUAUAUCCUUUGGUUGGAGGACCCGGUAACAGAAGGUAAACCAUUGGAUGUUGUUUUAUAGUGAUUGCAUAGCACCGCAUUAGCUGGCAGUUAGUAAAAUUUAUAUAUUAUCCCUGUUUAUAUAAAUGUAACAUUAUUUUUAACG